AUGUCUGACGAACCAUCCAGUUCUCCCCUGAGUCCCCUCACCUCCCUCGAUUCUGAAUCUGAAGGACCGCAGCUCACAGAAGAUACUCGCACCACCCAAGUCCAACAAUCCAUCGCCGAUACAGUUGUCUCUUCAUCUAUUACCUCUUCUUUAGUUGAAGAUACGCCAAUGAAGACCAGCGCCAAUGGUGGCGAAAACGGGUUCGCGACGGUCAAGCUCGAAGAAAAGGCGAUCAAAGCGGAGCUCGAGGGCGCCAUCUUUUUCCUGGAUUCGCUCGCAGACAACGUCUUCGUCGGACGGGUCGCUUCAGACAAGAAGAUCCAACGUUUCUUGGAGAAAUCCAAACACUACGACUGCCAGAGCAAGACAUGGGACGUUCCCAACACUGGGAGAGAGCCCGAGCUCUACAAGCCGCAUCUCGCUAUCAUCCACUCUAUCCUGAAGUUCUUUGGCUACACAAAUCACGACAGGCGAUCCUUGUACGACACUCACGCGAAAGGAUUGUCCCAUGAGGCUGCCGGCAAUGGCAAAACAUUGAAGUCGUCACCGGACUUCAUGGUUAGAGGAAGUGGGAAGAACUACCCAAAAGAACGACCCAAGGAGAACAAGCAAGCAGUAUAUCCCAAUUGCGUUUCACCGAUAGAGAUCAAGACAGAGAGUAGCGUUUCCUUUAUGUCCGACCUUUGUCAAGUCGCGGUUUAUGCAAGGGAGUGCUUCGUCUCACAGAAAAAUCGAUACUACGUCCUUUGUCCCAUCAUCACUCAAUCUCACUUGCAACUCUUCAUAUUCCACCGCAGCGGUGUACAUCAUUCGCGCCGAAUCGACAUUCACAAGGAGCCUACUCUCUUCGUGCGCAUCAUCCUUGGGGUUUGUUCGCUUGACGAUGCUCUCGUUGGCUUCGAUACGAGAGUGUUCUAUGACUCGCAAGGCAAGAGAUUCAUCACCGCUGUCGACGAUGACAACAAGCCUAUCACCUAUGCCUUGGAUGAGUUCGAGGCCCUUUUUACUCGCCGGAGUAUCAAAGGCCGGGGAACUUGCUGCUGGAGCGCACAGGGUCGAAGGCACCAUCUCCUUGUCAAAGACUCAUGGCAUCAUCCUUCACGCACCCCGGAGACCAUCUUCUUGGAGGCGCUGGUUGAUCUCGACGGUGUCGUCCAGAUGGUUGCCUACGAAUCGGAUGGGACAAAAAUAUCCGAAUUCCCUGUGUUCGAUUGGUUGUCGGACGAGGAGAAGGAGCAGAAUAUCCGCGACCGUGUCUUUUCACGUGUGGUCCUUCGGUGGUCUGGCCGUGGGCUCACUAAAUUCGAGUCUCGCAUGGAGAUACUGACCACUCUUCGCGACGCCAUUGCCGGUCAUCAAAAAAUGCUAGACAAAGGAAUUCUUCACCGAGACGUCAGCAUCAACAACGUCGUCAUUGGAAAACAUCGCGACAAGGGCAAGGUCGGCACCCGUGGGGUCCUGAUUGACCUCGACAUGGCAGUCUGGACCGCCCGGAUGGAAAGCCUCCGUGGUAAAGACUUCAGGACGGGAACUCGCGCCUACCAAUCAGGCAAUGUUCUAUACAGCUACUUCGAGCCAUCCAAAUGUCGGCCUCACAGUCAUCUUGACGAUCUUGAAUCAUUCUUCUAUGUUUUGUGCUGGAUAUGCUUUUCUUACUUGGGCGUCAGGAAGAAGCUACCAGGGACCCCUCCUAUCCUAGCAGACUGGGAUGACGAAGACCCCAGUCGAGCAUUGCGAGCCAAGAAGUCUUUCUACUUUGACUUGGUGCCCGUUGCGGUGGUGCCGGAUUUUUUUGGAGAUCCCUUCCGAAAUCUGUUGCAAAACCUCCAGUCCUUCUUCAGGCCGCUCAUCCCCGACCUUAAGACCACGCCUCGUCCUCUCGCUGAGAUCCUUAAGACCUCUGAUGAAGAUUACAAGACUAUUCUCAAGAUGUUUGAUGACGCGAUCGAGGAGGCGUCUGGUGCCCGAGAAGUUCCAGCCGCACCGCCUGCAACUCCAACGCGGGAACCGGCACCUCCACCCCCACUGCCUCAGGCAAGUCCUUCCAGGGAAUCUCGCAACGUGAAUAACUCCUCUUCGUCUUCCUCUCGGAAGCGCGGCUCCGGAGAGGUCGAUCAUGUCGCGGAUGCUGCUGAUAGCCCCAGGCAGAAGAGGCGAAGGAAGAGUUAUAAACCCAAGACCCCUUCCAGCCUUUCACAAUCUAUUGGACCAUCACAAGAGGAUGACAACGAAGACGAUGAAUGA